CGCCGCGUCUUAUCGCGGUCCAACAGGCGCGUAAGAGCGCAGCGCCAUCUCUGCCAUAUCUGAAGAAAAAGAAAAAGGAAAAAAACAGCAAACACUGCUGGCUUCGACGCGCCUGUUUUCUGACAGUUGGUUGUCCGGGGAUGCAGGUGGACAGCACAGUCCGAGUCUUUCUGCGCACAGACAGGACAAAAGGAUGACAUGUGACCAAAUCAUCCGACUGGUGGCACUUUUCCUGAUGCUCUGCGCUGCUGGAGCUGCUGGGCUCCUGAAAGAUGCGCAGGACUUCAACAGGAAAGUUUCAAUGCUUCUAAAACAGGAACCAAAGAAUCCAAAGUGCUUCACAGAGACCAAAAAGGACUUUACGUGCUUCUGGGUGGAAGAUGAGGAGCGGGCUGGCUCUGUGGAUCAGUACUCCUUCACGUAUGCUUAUCAAAAUGAGAAAACAAUGAACACGUGUCCGCUGGACGUCCUGCCUGCCACAGGUGGGAAGAGGCUCUUCAUCUGCCGUUUGAAGCAGGUUCAGAUGUUUGCCCAACUGGACAUCCAAGUUUAUCGAGAGGGAAUCCAGAUCCAUAACCGCAGCCUUCUCAUUGAGCUGCUGUUUCUGCUCGAUCCUCCUAAAAAUGUGACGGUGAGCACCACGGGCCAUCAGGGGCAGCUGAACGUGAGCUGGGUGCCGCCCUCCCCGAAGUACAUGGGUGACACCAUGAUCUAUGAGAUUCGUUAUGCUCCGGUGGACAGUGAACUUGGGCAGGUGGAGGAGAUACAGGCCUGCUCUGAGAUGAUCCUGAGGGGCCUUGAGUCUAGUACAAAGUACAAGGUUCAAGUCCGGGUGAACCUGGAUGGCAUCGCCUAUGAUGGCUAUUGGAGCGCCUGGAGUGACCCUGUGUUCAUAGAGACUUUGCCUGCAGAUCUUGACCCACUUAUUGUGUCUCUGACCCUCAUCAUCCUUUUCAUCCUCGUUCUGCUUUGUGUUGCUAUGCUUCUGUCCCAUCACAGAUUCCUUAUCAAGAAAUUCUGGCCGGUUAUUCCAACUCCUGACAAUAAAUUUCAAGGUCUUUUCACAGUAUACGGUGGGGACUUCCAGGAGUGGUUGGGACAGACCAGUGGAAGCCUAUGGCUGACUUCCCCUUUCAUCCUCUCUGAAGAAUGCCCCUCUCCACUGGAAGUACUCUCAGAACUCAACCUUUGCCCGCCGUUGUCAUCACCACCACUUCCACCAAAGGCCUCAAAAGCGCAGAACAUCGUCAGCAAUGAGAGCGGGGUUUUGAAUACAAGUUCCCCUGAUGGAGAGUCAGUGGACAGAGUUGAUUCUGUUCAAACACCAGAGUGGAGAGCCCCCCAUCAUGAUCACUGGCUGUUGGAUCGUCUUCGGGAGUUCCAACAGCAUCCCCUCCCCAGCUCCCAGUGUUCUCUACUGGAAUCCCAAGACACCUACAUCACCCUCAGCGGCAACAAACGCAACGAAGAAGAGCACACAGAGGACGCUCUUGAGGAAGCCUCACCGCUUGGGGUUCUCUUUGACUCCAGAAAGACUCCCAGCAGUGAGUCUCACUCUGACCUGGGCUCUGUGCAGCAAAGCACCGGUUCUGGGAACCUUUCAUCUCAGUCCAGCUUUGAGUAUCCUAACAAUGCCUGGAUAGGCAAAGAACAGGGAUACACCUACAUGGCAGUUGCAGACUCUGGGGUUUCCAUGGAUUACAGCCCUAUGAGCAGAGCUGACGACGUUGGCAAAGUGGUUAUCUACGCCAAUGACUACAAAAAUGAGAUACCUCAUCAUAGAAGACCUCUCCUGGUGAGGCAGUACUCUGUCAACGACGAUGGCUGAGAGGACGAUGACUUGGAGACCAGUUAUGGGUAUUCAGGGCAAGCUAUUGAUUGCCUCGCAAUAACUGUUAAGAAAAUAAACACAGAGCUGACGGACAUCAGCUGAAGGACUCAAAGACAAUGAUUCUUUGGAUAAUCUGUAAAGGACAUAACAUGGCACACAUGAAGCAGUAUCAACUGUGAGUUACAGCAAAUGCUUAUUUUCAGCAUCAUGCAUACAUAUCCACCUUAUCAAUAGGAUUAGAUCCGAGUAAGAUUUUCCAGUGUUUAUACUCUAGCUAAAUGUACUUCUUUUCUUCUUCAGUGGUAAGAUUCAAUGAGACUUGCACAGUACAUGAUUUUUCUAACUUUCCCCCUGGGUAUUGCUUUAGUGUGAAAAGAUGUAUUAACAAACUGCCACUACCCGAUCCGUCCCGGAAGCAUGAUCCGUUCUGCGCAUGUGCUAUCAGCUUAUGUCCGAUGAUGCAUCAGAGAAGCAGUUUAACUGAGAAAAUGUAAAAAGCAUUAAAAUUGUCUCACAAAAGUCAUGAAACAUUUUUUAAAGAUGUGUUUUAGCUUUAUUUGGAAAAUUAAGGAUAGAAAUAAGUAAUUUUAGUACCAUAAUUACAUUAUACAUGGACGCCCCGAUGUAUAUCUGCUUGUGCAUGUGCAGGACGGAACGCGUAGUGGCAUAA